AUGUUUGCAAUUGUACCACAGAAAUCGGAUUUAAAUUUAGUGGAUAUAAAUAAUUAUGUAAACAUUUCAUUAUUGAAAACUGAUCAUAUUUCAUUUAAAACAAAACUGUCCAAUUCUAGAAGUAAACGUCAAAUUGAUCCAUCUAUUCCGAUUGUACCAUCGGAUAAUUUGAUUUAUUCUGCGGAAUUGAGAAUUAUUGCUAGUGCAGUGUGUAAAUCACAUUGUUUACAAAGAUGUUCAGAACAAUUAAUUAAAGAUAUUGCUAAAGAUAAUAUGGUGAGUGAAUAA